AAUAAAUUUGUUUAACGCCAAAAUCGACAAUCAAUGAUUCUUGAUGUACCGAAUGCAUUAUGGAUCAAUGUUAUUUACGUUUCCCACGUGUAGCUACAUUGCGACUUCUGUUAUAACCUAAAAUUUAAUAUAAAAUUUGGGUAAAUAAUUGAAUAAACAAGCACAUGAUAAUAAAAAGUAAAUAUGGUCAGAAAAUUGAAAUAUCACGAACAAAAGUUAUUGAAGAAAGUUGAUUUUAUUUCCUGGAAAGCUGACAACAAUUUACACGAAGUAAAGGUUUUAAAACGUUAUCACAUACAGAAAAGAGAAGAUUAUACUACGUAUAAUAAGUUAUCUAGAGAAAUUCGAGAAUUAGCAACAAAAAUUAAAGAAUUGGACAACGACAGUAUAUUUAGAACUGAGCAAAGUGCUACUUUAUUGGAAAAAUUGUAUAUAUUGGGACUUAUUCCAACAAAAUGGGAUUUAUCGUUAUGUCAAAAAAUUACUGCUAGUUCAUUUUGUAGGAGAAGAUUACCAGUAAUUAUGGUGCGCAGUAAGAUGAGCGAAAAUCUUAAAAUGGCAACGCAAUUGAUCGAACAAGGAGUAAUUAAGGAUCCUGCAUUUUUUGUAACAAGAAAUUUGGAAGACUUUGUUACGUGGGUCGAUACUUCAGCUAUAAAGAAACAUAUAAUGAAUUAUAAUGACAUGCGAGAUGACUUCGUAAUGUAAUGCUUAUACGUCAGAAACAUGUGUAUAUUAUUUAGUUUAUUAUUAAUUAUAAGUUGUAAAAAUAAAUAAGUAUUUUAGA